CUUUGGGUGUUCCUCGUUCUGGGAAGAGAUUUAAAGCUGUCUGCCAGACCCGUGGGCUGUUAAAACAAGACAGUGCCACAAUGCUGAGCUCAGGGCUGCGUGCUCCCCUCCUCCCCCUCCCCUUCCUCCUGUUGCUCACAGCCAUGGAACUGAGCUGGUCCUUUACAAGCGAGGAGAAGAAACUGAUCCUAGACCUGCACAAUCAAUACCGUUCUAAGGUUGAUCCUCCAGCCGCAGACAUGCUGAAAAUGAGCUGGGAUCCAGAACUGGAAGCCUUUGCCAAAGACUAUGCAACAAAAUGCAUCUGGGAACACAAUAAGGAACGAGGCCAGCGAGGCGAGAAUCUUUUUGCCAUGUCUGGAGACCUGGAUGUGACACUUGUUGUGGAAAAUUGGUACAAUGAGUACCAGUAUUAUAAUAUCAGCACAUUAGCUUGUGAAGAGGAUCAGAUGUGUGGUCACUAUACACAGGUGGUCUGGGCAAGGAGCGAGCGUGUUGGCUGUGGGACAGUAUUCUGUAAAACACUGGAAAAUCUGAAUGACACCGACAUGCAUUUGGUAGUCUGCAACUAUAAGCCCCCGGGAAAUGUAAAAGGACAUAAACCGUAUAAGGAAGGAGAGCCAUGUUCCAUGUGCCCAGAAGGCUACUCCUGUAAGGACUCUCUUUGUGCAUCCAGUGCUGAUGAAGAAGAAACUACAGCAUCCCCUGAGCCCACAGGACUGGAACCAACUGCCAUCUUGACUGUGAGCCCAGCUGCUGAAGAAGAUACCACAAUGAGUUCAGCAUUAGGCCCAUCAGAAAGUCCCCAGAUUGGCACAGAAGCAGAGUCUGAAUCCCACACAGAUCGAGGGCCAACAGUAGACCAGGAACUUCAUUCAUCUCGGGAGCUCCAGACGAACUCCCCAGAGGAGCUGACUCCCAGUCCUGUUACCCCAGAAAUGGGAACCAAACAAACCACAAGCUCAGAUGUUCCCUCAGCUGAUGACUUAACCACACCCCAAGCCACCAUGGACAGUUUGGUGCAGGUUCUUACUACCACUGUGCCGGUGCGCCCUGUCCCCAAGUCACCAUCAACCCCUCGUCCACACUCUGCCCCCAAACCACCAACCGUCCCUAAACCGCCUCCCACAAUUAAGUCUCCCUUCCUUAAGCCUCCUUCUUUCCUUAAGCCUCCCGCUUACCCUAAGGCUCCCACUGUCCCAAAGAAGCCCCCUAUCUCUAAAACGCCUGCCCGCCAUCGUCUGGCAGCUUAUUCAAAAGCAAUAAAGAGGCAGAACAAUGCUGUUCAAUCUUCUGCAGGCAAGGCUGAGUCCAUGUCUGUCUGCCUGCCCUGUCUGGGAUGUAAACAGAUCAGCCAUCCCACAGAAAUAAAGGCUGCGCUCAAGGAGCUGACCUUCAGGUACCCCUAUGCUCCUUGUUUCUCCUCCAUUCCCCACUGGCAGAGCCAUGCCAAGUGCAGCUGGUGUGGGCGCACGUGGGGCAAUGCCCUUAGGAAGGCCAGGCCUUAUUGGCUCAACAGUUUAUAGCAAUAUAAACACUUCAUCACAAUAUUUAUAUAGAGAGCCCUCCAUCUUCUCUUUUAUGCUUGCAUGUCACGUGUGUGUCCACAUGCAGGGUUGUAUAUUUUCCUGUCUGCACUUUCAUGAGAGUGCCAAUCUGUGGAGAACAACGCCAUAGUAUGCCCAAAGGUCAGACGUCUUGUAGACCAAGGUUCAAAACUCAUCCCAACAACAGGGCUUGCUAUGAUUCAGCAAAGUUCAGAUGGAAAGUGUGGUUUAUUUCUAUAGCCCUCCCCCAUUGUUUUUCGGAGUACAGGAAUGUGGGGUCUGUUUGGUUUCCUCUUCUGUUUCUCCUCCCCAUAAACUUUGCUAGGGUCAAAUUGUAGUAAAAGCAGAACCCAGACAUGUAAGACUGUCAUGGAGACCAAUACCACCAGUAAGAAGUGGAAAUUAUACACUUCACCCACACCUUCUUUACCUGAUGAGGACUGUUCUUAUUCAUGGGGCUAUGCUUGCAUGCCAUUCCUAUACCUACCAUUCUACCUGUGAGUUAAGAGUAAAGAAUUUCAUGUCCUUACUGUCUUUGUGCCACUCUCAACCCCUUUUUUGUUCAAAGUGCUGGAUUAUGUAAGAACCUGGGUCUAGAAAGCAAAUCAAAUUAUACAUGAUCUGUAAACACAAACAGCUCUGCUGAGUUUCUUUUGAUUAUGCCGGAAGAUGAAUCUGUGUUGUCUUGAUACCAACUGAGAAGUUUGUGGCCCAGAAUAAAAAUGGCUUCAUCUGGAAUAAGAAUGGCUUUAUCAAUGGAGGUGAUAAUUGUUCACUUCAAUUGGGAAAGCAAAGCAAAAACGGAGGUGGCCUGACUUGAAAGGGCGGGUACAGAGAAAAUGAAUGGCUAAUUAGAGCUGAUGUGAGUCCCUAUAGAAACACAGUUGCAAGAGCUUCACCUGUCAAUAAAUAAAUAAUGGGUAUGUGGAUGGAUAGCAAAUAUUUGUGCAGGAGAGCCAGAGGUGUAUGCGAGUUCAGUUCUACCCAUUAUAAUGAGGGUUUCAUCCCAUCAGAUCUCUUAAUUUACCAUGAUUAUUUUCACAGCAGGUUAAUAAUGAUGAGCUAGCUAUUCUUCUGUCCAUGCCAUCUACUUAUCUAAAGUGUUAACCCUUUUCUACACCAUUGCCUUCCUCCUUCCCAUACUUGUUGUUUAGUUGUUAAGUUGUGUCCGACUCUUCAUGACCCCAUGGACCAGAGCAUGCCA